UGUGAUGCUGAUGCUCUGUGUUCUUCAGGGGGAGCGCUCCUUCAGUGAGGAGGAGGAGGAGAAGCUGCAGAGUGCUUUAUCUCUGGAGAAACACACUCUUCAUCUGCUGGUGGAAACCCUGUCCUUCAUCCUCGAGCAGGCCGUGUAUCACAACAUCAAACCAGCGUCUCUCAGACAGCAGCUGGAGAACAUCUGUGUGGAGGCGGACAGAGCCGAGGUGUUCGCUCACGUCUGGGCUUCAGCUGCUCCUGAUGUGCUGGACAAGAUCCGACUCGGGAUAUUUGCCCCGAAGAAGCUGGAUCACGUGGGCUGGCAGCUCUGUCUGCAGAUGGCCUCGUCGUCUCGAAGCAGACUGAAGGAGCCGCACGCCGUCCUGGAUCUGGGACUCCGCACGGAGGACGACGCAGAGCGUCUGCAGGACGUGUUUGUGGAGUUCAGUCAUCAGGAUCUGCUGGACUUCUACAAUCAGAUGGAGAUGAUUCAGACUCAGCUGGACUCGCUCAGCUGAUUCAGCCUCCGUCUGCUAUCCCAUGAUGCCUCUGGUUCAGUUCAGGACUUGUAUAUAUGAGGCUGAAGCUGUUCACCAGUGUUUCAUUAAAGAUGCUUUGCAUUAAAGAUGCUUCCUCUG